UCUCUUGUAGCUAGUAGGCGGGGCUCGUGCAAGUGUUCCUAAUUAGAGCCCACCUUAAGUCGCGCUAUAAAGGGACCCUCUAUUGCUCUAGAUUGUCGCGGGUUCAGCUAGCUCAGGAUGAAGGUUGUGGUGGAGGGCUGUUGUCAUGGAGAACUGGACCAGAUCUACGAUGUGAUUGGUCAGCUGCAGGAGCGAGAAGGAGUGACCGUUGACCUCCUCAUCUGCUGCGGGGAUUUCCAGGCAGUCCGAGAUAGAACUGACCUGGACUCAAUGGCAGUUCCUCUGAAGUAUAGAGAAAUGGGCUCUUUCUACAAGUAUUACAGCGGAGAAAAGACGGCUCCAGUGCUAACGAUAUUCAUAGGUGGAAAUCACGAAGCAUCUAAUCAUCUGUGGGAAUUGAGCUACGGGGGGUGGGUAGCUCCGAGGAUAUUCUACCUGGGCCGGGCUGGAGUGGUGAGAUGUGGUGGCCUCAGAAUAGCUGGACUGUCUGGGAUCUACAAGGAAGGCGACUACAGAAAAGGGACAUUUGAGCGUCCAUCAUUUUCAGAAGGCACGAAGAGGAGCGUGUACCACGUCCGGUCAUGUGACGUAUUCAGACUCAAACAGAUCUCGGGACAUGUAGAUAUUGGUCUGUCACAUGACUGGCCACUGGGGAUAUAUCACCAUGGUAACAAGGCCCAGCUUUUGCGGAAGAAGCCAUAUUUUGCAGAAGAGAUGGAGGCGGAGUCUCUGGGCAGUCCAGCUGCCAUGGAGCUGCUCCAACACCUCUCCCCCGACUACUGGUUCUCCGCCCACCUCCACGUCAAGUUUGCCGCCGUCUAUCACCAUGACGACGGCGACGAGAGUGGAGUGAGGAUCACCAAGUUCCUGGCACUAGACAAGUGUCUCCCUGGACGCAGAUAUCUGCAGGUGUUGGACAUCGACACCCCCUCACCCCCGCCCUACAAACUCUGCUACGAUGCUGAAUGGCUGGCCAUUCUCCGCAGCACCGAACACCUCAUGAGCUACUCUCGGUUGCUAUGGUUACCACCUCACCCCUCCACCGAUAGCAGGCUGUCCUACACGCCUACCUCAGAGGAAGUUGAUGAAGUGAAGACGUUAUUCCAUGGCAACCUCGUUAUUCCAGACAACUUUACUUCUCAACAACACAACUCUAGUCUCCCAGAGAACAGACAGACGGCUGUCUUCUGUGCCACUCUGGGGAUCAGCAAUCCCUUCUCUACCAAUUUCAGCUCCACACGUAUGUCUCUCGGUUCCCCUGGCAACAGUCUCUGUGGUAACAUCUCUUCGGCGGAAGUCUCGCUGAAUCCUGAUGAAAUUGACCUCGGAGACGACUCGGACGAGAACGAGGAGGAGGAGCCAGGUCGCCAUGGCGAUACCUCAGAACUGACGAAGGAGAUCUCGGCUGCGCCCAACACUAGUACACCUGACAGAAAACGUUACCCUGGCUUGAUGAAAACUCACCAGGCGAAAAGCAAAACCAGUUUAGUCCCGGUCAAACGAGUUCACCAGCUGUCGUCAUGGACAACGAACAGAACCAAGUGCAGAUAACUGAUCUAAACAGAGAGCUACAAGACAGUGAAUCAUCUUGUGUUGCUGGAGGCGAGGAGGCGCGUCCCAAUGUGGUUCCAGAUCCUGACAGAAACCCUGACGAGAUUUCUCUGGACGAGGGGGAGCCGGAGAAAGGGGUUAAAGAGGGGGCAAAGGUCAAUCUGGAGGAGGAAGGGGUUAAAUGUGUCAAGCCAGCUGUGGUAAUCAGGAGAAGGAAUAUGGCAAUUUAUCAAACUGAGCAAGAUAAUUAACUGAUGACAUCAUCAACACAAUCACGUUCCUUCGCAUGUAGCUGCACGGAAUUUUCCUUGUGUUUUAUCCAAUGUUAUCAUAAUGAGAUGUGAUGCCCCUGAUGUAACUGCACAAAGUGAUGAUGAUAAAAAUGGAGCAUCAAUAAUGCUAACACAUGCUGCAUUAGUACAUUAUCAAAUGGUUAGGCUGCAAAAUACGUACAUAGACAUAUACACACAAGCGAGAAACAGCUUUUGUAAAAACUCGGGUCUUUGACGCAUGCAAGGUCCCUAAACAGCCAUGUGUGGUAGUGGCAGAGCUGGACGGUCAGAGCCUGUCGAUCUUAGCAGCCACUAUCUUUGGGUGGUGUUUCUCUAGCUCUUCGCGUCCGGACGUCUUGUAGUCAAAGGUGCACAUGUGAGUGUCGGCAUAGCGAUGAAGAGGACAAAACUGGUGGCCACAUCUACAAGCAAAUCCUGGGAGAGAGGAAAUGACGGACGAUGAAUUAAGUCCACUGCUUUCACUAUCUAUCCAGACACGAAUAGGACAAAAGAAUUUAGUGGUGUGUCCUUUUUUCAGGGUUAAAUUGCAUGCAAGAACUGUUCUAGGGGAAAGACAAGGUGUCCUCAUUUCGUUAGAGAGGUUGUAUUCUACCCCACUUGUGUGUGCUUUUCAACAGACCUGUUAGUCCAACUUUCUUCUUGCACGUGUAGCAACGAUUUUUCUUUGGUGUUGUUUUGGUUGAGGUGAGAGGGGAGGGGGAGAGGGAGAGGGAGAGGGAGGUAGCAGCAGAUGAGGUUGAGGAGGCAGGGAGAGAGGAUAAUGGAGUGGCAGUUAGUUCACUUUGGCCAAGUCUAGAAGAAGCUGUGGUGGUGGUCGCUGUCAUGGAGUCGCUAAGUGACGGGCGGACGCGGGCCGAGGAGCCGGCGGAGCUGGUAGCGGGACCCUCUCUCUCGCUCUUCCCCUCCUCGCUGUCUCUGUGGCACUUGGAACACAUGCCGUCAGUGGCCGGGUUCCCGAAGAAUCCGCAGCCGCUACGACACAGCGUUGGGUGACUGGAAGAGGUAGGUAUGGGCCGUUGAUCCAUCGCCUGUACUAUAUAUACGGUGUGAACGGUAGUCAGAGUCUCUGUUUCAAUAGCGGUGAACGCUGAACCAAUAGCGGACGAUUCAAAACGAACGCUGGGUAUUCGACUAGGCCAGACGUAUCUUAUACGCGACUAAAGGCCGGUUUCCGACACAGCCGUCUUCUUCUACACCGAGUUUUGGUGA